AUGCCUAAAAAAGUUGCCCUGAUUACAGGCGGUGCGUCGGGAAUAGGUUUCGCUACUGCGAAGGCCCUUUCAAACUCGAGCGAAACCUGGGACAUCCACAUAGUCGACCAAAACGCUGAAGCAGGCAAAAAAGCAGUAUCUGAACUAAAGAACGCCUUCUUCCAUCAAGCCGACAUUACAGGCUAUCAGUCUCUUAUUUCUGCAUUCGAAAUAACCUGGAACAAGGCCGAACGCCUCGACUUCGUAUUUGCAAAUGCUGGUAUCGUGGAAAGAGACAAUUUCUAUGCAAAGCAUGAUCUCAACGGGCCACCUCCCCCGCCACCAAAUAAGUUUAGCGCCGACAUCAACUACAAAGCUGCGAUUGAUACAUCAUAUCUCGCUUUGCACUAUUUUCGGAAGACCAAAGCCAAGAAUGGAGGCGAUGGAUUCGAUCCUGUUCUGAUCAUGACGGCUUCUUGUGGUGGCUUGUAUCCAAGCGAGUUCUGCCCCAUCUACAGUGGAAGUAAAGCUGGAUUGAUACUUUUCAAUCGCGCAAUCGCAGUAGCGUAUCACGAUGAAGGCAUACGCACAUCUACUAUCUGUCCUGGAACUAUCAAAACGGCGUUGAUGACGGAAGAGGAGUGGAAGUUCUUCCCGACCGAGUAUUUUACACCAGUCGAGACCGUCUCCGAUACUGUUAUGCAACUAGUUGAAGGCGCAGAAAUGAAAGACGCGAAGGGGAUAACGAAGAGCAAGAAUGAAAUCUGGGGGCUGACGGUGGAGGUCAACGGAAACAACUUUUACUUCAGGGAUGGACCCGAGUACUGCGAUGACAAUAUGAAGGAGAUGAUGACGAAUACUAGUAUGAAAAAGCAGCUGGCGAGGAUUGAAGGCAAGAGCAAGUAA